UCGAGAGCGAGUUGUUUAGUUCGUCAAGGAUUUCGUGUGAGUGUUCUGGAAUUUGGCCUAUGGGGUUUAUAUCGUAAAUAACUAAGAUACGAAAACUUCCAGAGUUGGUUUACCAUUUUAAGGAUUCAUUCAGUUACAAUAUCUGGUACCAAACACAAAUUUCCAGCCGCGGUCAUUUAUAGUGCAUCAAUUAUACAGUUCAAGUCUUUUGUGUCUUGCUGAGCCCUUGACUGGUUAAAAAAGCUGCAUAUUAAAAUCUAUUGUUUAGAAUAGCAUGCCGAAAGAGAUGAUAAAUGGCUUACCUAGGGAAUCACUAGUUCUCAACAAAGUUGCAAAGCCCAAGAGAGUUGUUUCUGCUUUCCAUCAAACCAGUUUACCCAGUAGUAUAGUUAAGCAGAAUAAUACAGAUUUGUUUGUCAGAGGUGAUGACACUCAUGAGAAUGGUAAUGGAGUGGAAUCAUCUGGAACCCCACUUGUUAUGCGGAAAGAUCGUCUUGUUCAAGAGAUAGAAAACAGUCUAGCAGAAAUAGAGGACCAUUAUUCUAACACCAGCAAAUUAGAAGAAGAGAGGUCUGUUGUUGAAAUGGAAAGGAACUCUCUGCUGAAAGAUAUUGAAGAGACAAUAACAGAAAUUCAGAAUCAUGUGCUGAAUUCAUCUGAUGUGGCUUUUGAGAAAGAGGCUCUGCAGGACGAGUGUGAUGGUUUGCGUGAUCAAGUGGAUCAUUUGAAAACACUUUUAGAUAAUUCAGCUGGCUUGGAAAAUGGUGAUGAGAAUGAUGAUUUGUCCCAUGAAUUAAAGCAACAAAACCUUGCUUUGAAAGCGGAUAUUGAGAAGUUAACUUUAGAAAAUGAACAAUUAAAAGGCAAAGGUCAGAAUACUAAUAUGGGUGAUCAUACAUCAAAUUUAUUGGCCAGAGAACUGGAAUUGUUACAUGAUGAAAAUGCAAACCUGAAAAAACUUCUUCAAAUGGCAGAGGAAUCAGAAGGCAGUAUUACUAAAGAACUGACAAAUGCUCAAUCAAAACAAGCAGAAAUGCAAAAGCUGAAUGAAAGCUUAAAGAAAGAAAAUAAAAAGCUGAAAUCCUUGAAAGAACAACUAGAAUUAGACAGGGAAGAGCUUGAGGAAGAGGUGGAUAGUUUGCAGAAGAGGUUGAGUAACAGUGGGGAUCAAAAUGGAAAUGUUGUAAUGCUGAAGGAAUCAAAAGAAGAUCUAGCUAAAUCGGAAAGAAAGUGCACCCUACUUGAGAAAGAGAAGAGUGCUUUGACUAAGAAAGUUGAUCAACUUGAAAAAGAAAUACAGCAACUGAAGGAACAAAAAGAAAAGGUAUCAGAAAAUGCAUCGCCUAAACCCACUCAGAAUGUUCUACAGUUGAAGUCAGCUCUUGAAAAACUGAACAAGGAAACAUCCACACUUCAUGAAUCACUGGAAAAGGCAGAGAAGGAGAUAACAUCUCUGAAAGAAGAUCUGGAAAAGGAGAGGGAAGAGAAACAAAAGUGGAGAGCAAGUGUAAGUGAAAAGGGGAAAAAGCAGAAAAGUAAAAAAGACAAAGAGAGUGAAGUUAGUAGAACUAAUGAUGAUCACAGCAGUGAAGUGGAAGCUUUCAAGAAAGAAAUUUAUAAUUUGAAAAGUGAAUGUGAGUGUCUGUCAGAGACUGUUGCUAAGACUGCAAAUGAAAAACGUCAAAUGGCUAAAGAAAUGGAAGCACUUAAUCAAGAAAAGACAAAACAUGAAUCAAAACUUGUUGAACUUGAAGGGAUCAUUGAGGAGUUAACAAAAAUCAAGACAGAGAAAGAAGAAUUAGAGGGAACAUAUUCAAAUCUAAGAAAUCUUCAUCAAGAACUUGCUCAGAGGCUACAAAUCGCCAAUAAAAGCAACACUGAAAAAGAUGAAAUACUGCAAAGAACUUCAAGUGAGAAACAGUCAGUUGAAAAACUGUGCAAAGAAUAUGAGGACACCAUUGAAAAGCUAAAGAAUGACUUAGCCCUAUCCAAUAAAAAUUUAGUAACCAAAGAGGAGGAAAUAAAACUGAUCAAGAGAAAUUUGGAUGAUCAGAAGAGAGAGUUGUCUGCAGCUUGUGAAGAAGAGAAACAAGAGAAGCAUAAACUUCAUGAGGAAAUACAAGAAAUGUCUGCCAGAUUGAAAUCUUCUGAGGGAGAGUUAAACUCUGUACGUCAGUCUCAGGCAAGUAAAGGAUCUGAACUUCAAAACUUAAGAAUUAUGGUUGAUGAGAUCCGAAAAGAGUUAAAAUUAACACAACAGAAUUUACGAGAGACAGAGGAAGCAAGACUUGUUGCAGAAGAAAAGGCUGAUUUGGCUGAGAAGGCCAAAGAGGAUUUGGAGAAGUCUAAUGCAGUUUUCAAUGAUAUGGCUAUGGAGAAAUCUCUAGAGCUCUCUCGAAUGAAGAGGAAUUUGGAAAAAAAGGUGGAGAAGCUUACAAAAGAAAACAGUGAACUGCGGAAGAAACUUGGACUUGACAUACCAAGCUCAACCAGGUCUCAGUCACCUCCAAGGCUGUCUCCUGUAGCUGUUCAAAUGCAGAAAAUCCCAAGCCUCGAUGUGAACUUGGAACACCUUUCUAAACCAUCCCAGAGACAACGCAACAAUGGUCUGCAAAGGCAGUCUCUAGAUCAAAGUGCAUCAUCUCUACAGAGGGCUGUAAAUGGUCCAGUGUCUGAUAAGAGAUUAAGACGCUCAAGUGUGGAUAGUGACUCUGCUGUUGAUUACCAGAAUCAAAGAAAAUAUGUGGAUGAUUUUGUAAAACCUCUUCGAAAGGCAGAAGUUGUUAAUUCUGUUCCCUCAGAAUACAAGGUUGUUGCUUCUGAAGCUCCUUCAGUUCCCCCAAAGCAGCAGUUCACAAGCUCUGUUGUGCAUGUUAUGUCAUCACCAGGAGGUAGUCAAAGUUCCACAGCAGCAAGAGAGGAUUCUGGGUUCCAAAGAGCAAGUUACGGUAAUCAUUGGAGAGAUAGUGAAAGAAGCAGGGAAGAAAGAAGAGUUGAGGAACAGAAAUGGGAGGAGAAAGAAAGGCCACCAGAAAACACAGUUAAACAAGACAAUAGUGAAUCUGCAUUUCAAGUUGUAGGAUAUCGGAAAGGUGGAAAAGUCAUUCACGAACACUGGGUGUGACAUGAAACACAUUACUCUGAAGGAGACAGUUUUGUUAUAGGCCUUGUGAGAACAGAAAAAGAGAUUGCUAACAAGUUAUGAAUUCUUCUCAACAACACUUUUGUUCUUUGUAUGUUUUUGUGUUUAGAUCAGGAAGAUACUUAAAAUGACAUACUCUGACUACUAAAUAUCAUCACUUACAUAUCAAAGAAACAGAUGUUAUCAUACACAGUUCUCCCCUCUCUCCCCUCCCCCCACCUUCAUUAGGGUUGCAAAGGGGUUGCACAAGGUUGCUGCAUAUGUCAUACAUACAUUACAUUGUUCAAGAACAAUAGGCCAUAGAGACUGUUUUGACUUUUUCUGGCAUCCAGUUAUAAUUUAGCAUCUAGUCUGAUUAUGUCUAAAUUGCUAUUUUGCAUAUAAUGUAAAUCAAGGGACUUUGAAUCUCUUUCUUUCAAAGAUAAUACAUGACAGAAUCCAAUGGAUUGAAUGAAAAGCAAUUGACUUAUCAAUAUUAACCAAGCAGCUCUGUUGUUUCAAGAGCAUUUCAAGCCAGAUCCCUGAAACUGCUGUGAAUCAGCAAUUGUGUCUUUUCAGAGUAGCAUCUAGAUGUGUAGGACAUGGGUGGAAGCAAAUUUUCAGUUAAUAGAGGAUAUGAACAGUUAAAAAUAAUGUGUGAUUAAGCUGUGUCAACAUUUAAUGCUGUUUUCAUGUUGUUGUACAUUGUAAUUGAAUAAGGAAAUCAAGUGAUUAAGGCUCUCUUAAGGAACCCUCCUGGAAGAUGCUCAUUUGUAACAAACCUUUUUCAUGGGACAUUCAUUACAUUUUGAUAAAAAACACUGGAUCUCAUUUUAUUACAAAGCUUUUCUUGCUUGGGAACUUGAUGUCUCUUUGCUAGAGGAUUUUAUAUAUCAGUUCAUUGCCAUAUGUUAGUUUGUAUAUCACUUGCAAGAAGUAAGUGCUCCGUCAGUCAAUUUCUCAUAAAUUAUUGUUAGUUAUUUUUCACCUAUGGAAUUAAAGGGAUCAGGCAAUUAAUUUUUUGUCUAAUGAUUUUGUUACUGCAGGACUUCAAGGCAUUUUUCUCUUAUAAUGCAUAAUUUGCAUUAUUGGUGCUUAUUUC